GCCGUUCCAACUUCACAGUUUACGCAUCUCAUCUUUCACCCACUCAAGCAAAACCAUUUUCCCCAAUUUAUUGGCGUCUGGUAAUACCGGAAAAUAUGGUUUUCACGAUUCAUUCCGACGUUCGCUCCGCGAUUCAGAUCGCCUCCGCCUUAAGCCGCCGCGGCGGCGGUCAACCCCAGCAGCGCCGCCUGCUAGGUCCAAUUUCCGUUGCAUUCGGUUCUCCGUGCCGCGGUUCUUCUGCGGCCACGGCGGAGAGGAUGAGAGUGAGAGUGAGAGCUUUCUCGACGGAUAAUGCCGGAAUUGAUGAGGUAGAGAGCGUCGAAGCUAAGAAGCUGCCGAGCAAGCCUUCGGUGUGCACCGCCGAUGAGCUCCACUACGUUUCUGCUAACAAUUCGGACUGGCGGCUCGCUCUCUGGCGAUACAUUCCUCCUCCGCAGGCUCCAAAGAGGAAUCAUCCGCUGCUGCUGUUAUCGGGUGUGGGAACUAAUGCCAUCGGAUAUGAUCUUUCUCCCGGGUCAUCAUUUGCACGUUAUAUGUGUGGGCAAGGAUUUGACACUUGGAUUCUUGAAGUUCGAGGUGCUGGGCUAAGCUUGCAUGAAUCAGAUUCCAAAAACAUUGAGAAGUCUGCCCAUAAAGUGUCUGAACGUAUGGAGGCUGCUGUUAAGAGUGAAACCAAUGGGAAUUUAUCUGCAGCAAAGAAUUCAAGACGUGUCAAUGGUAACUUAGAAGAUUCUGACAUAGCUUUGGUCAAAGAAGACCCCAUGAAAGUAGGAACAGCAUUUGAUGAGUCAAGAUUAGUGGCCAGGCUUACAGAAACAUUCAUGCGUAUGUCUGAAAGAUUAUCUGGUUUUCUCAGUGAAAGUCAAUCAAAGAUUAUUUCUGCUAAAUUAUUUGAUCAAAUAUCAAGGCUCUUACAAGAUUCCUUCCUAUAUGAAAACUUCAAUGAGAUAAGAAACAAUUUACAAAGUUUGAUGGAAAAAAGACAAAACUCUACUGUUGCAGGCCAAAUAAGAGAUCUAAGCCAGAAGCUAGUAAAUAUCAUUGAAGAGGGUCAACGUUCUGUUUCACCCCCAUUGUUUGAUCUGCAAGAACGUUUAAUCUCAACCAUAGAAGAUUUUCAGAAACAACUGGAUUUAAUCAUCAAAUAUGAUUGGGACUUCGACAACUACCUGGAAGAGGAUGUUCCUGCUGCGAUGGAAUAUAUAAAUGCCCAAACCAAACCAAAGGAUGGAAAAUUGCUUGCAAUUGGACACUCCAUGGGAGGAAUCUUGCUGUAUGCAAGGUUGUCACGAUGUGCUACUCAAGGGAAAGAUCCAGGAUUAGCAGCUGUUGUAACUUUGGCAUCGUCACUUGAUUACACACCAUCUAAAUCAGCACUCAGACUUCUUUUACCCCUUGCUGAUCCUGCCCAGGCUCUCAAUGUACCUGUUGUUCCUCUAGGAUCAUUAUUGACUGCAGCCUAUCCACUGACAUCUAGUCCUCCUUAUGUGUUGUCUUGGCUCAAUGACAUGAUAUCAGCAGGAGACAUGAUGCAUCCAGAGUUGUUGAAAAAGCUUGUUCAGAACAACUUUUGUACGAUUCCGGCUAAACUUCUAUUACAGUUGACAACUGCUUUCCGAGAAGGGGGACUUCGUGACAGAAGUGGUAAAUUUUUGUACAAGGAACAUCUCCGUAAAAGCAAUGUCCCUGUCUUGGCUCUUGCUGGAGAUCGUGACUUAAUCUGUCCACCUGAAGCUGUUUAUGAAACUAUAAAGGUCAUUCCUGAACACUUAGCCACCUAUAAACUCUUUGGCGAACCAGAUGGACCACAUUAUGCUCAUUAUGACCUAGUGGGAUGCCGUGUGGCUGCAGAACAAAUAUAUCCUUGCAUAGUCCAAUAUCUAAGCCGUUAUGAUUUGUGACUUGAGUAACGAUGAUGCGGGCAGUUUUGCUUGCUUGUAAUGUCUUGUACACUUUUUUCUUUUUCAUCAUCAUGCCUGUACUAGUAUCCCUCAACAAUAUGUCUUAACCGUGUAGGGAGUGUAUACAUGCAAAUGUUAAGGGCUUCGUGGAAUGUUACUGCCAGCUUUGAAUCUCAGUUUUUGAGCCUGAGCUGGUUUGUGUAUUGGACUUGUUUAUCUCUUUCUCUUAAAGAGGCAAGUGGAAGUAGAUUUGGUUAGUCAUUUUCCAAGCAACAGGAUAGUUUAGCUUAUCUGCAGCCUUAACAAACCAAGCUGAAUUAUUCAUACAAUUAAUUUCAAGCCACUGGCUUGAAUGUACCUUAGAAAUUGCCUUGGAGUGUUUUUGUUAUAGAUAGAUUGUGAACAUUGUUAAGCUGUAUUGGGACAUUCAAUUCAUGACUAGUGAAUCCAAUAGACAUUUUAAAGUUUAA